AUGAACUCGGCAAAAUUGUUUUGCGUUCUUUUCGUUCUUGCGAUUGCAAGGGUGCAAGGUGCCGCUCAGCAGGAAGGCGUUGAUCAUCAGAAGCGUGCCAUUGGACAUGGGUACGGGUUGGGAUUAGGGCUCGGUGCAACGGCGUUUGGAGCUGCGGCACUGGCAGCACCAGGACUAGCUGCACCGUUGACGGCACCCAUCGGAGGACCAAUCAUCGGAGCACCGAUCGGACCGAUCGGAUUGCCAGCUGGACCAAUCGGACUAGCCGCCGGACCAAUAGGACUCCCGGUAGGACCAAUCGGACUCCCGGCAGGACCGAUCGGACUCCCAGCCGGACCGAUCGGACUCCCGGCAGGACCGAUCGGACUCCCGACAGGACCGUUCAUUGGUGGAGCAUUUGCACCGUCGGCCAUUCCCGCGCUUCCAGCUCCCGGUCCGGUGUUUGCUGCCGCACCGCCAACGGUGGCCGUUGCACCAACGGUAACGCGUAACAUUUUGACCACCGUACAACAACCCGUCCCCGUACCCUACCCGCAACCCGUCCCCGUCGACCGUCCCGUACCGGUGCCGGUGCACGUCACCGUACCCGUCGAUCGUCCCGUACCGGUACCGCAUCCGGUUGCCGUUCCCGUACAUGUGCCUCGUCCUUAUCCGGUUCCAGUGCCUCAGCCAUAUCCAGUCACCGUAACGCGAACCGUGGGUGUUCCAGUGCCACAGCCAUACCCAGUACACCAUGCCGUACCGGUACCGCAACCCAUCCCGGUGCCACAACCGGUCCCGGUUCCACAGCCUGUGCCCGUACCGCAUCCGGUUGCUGUACCACAUCCGGUGGUGGUACCGGCGCCGGUUCCCACGCUUCCCAUCGCCCCGUUCCCGGCCUACGGAUACGGUGGUUUUCUGCCUUCCUAUGGCAAGGUGUACGGGGGUGGUAUAACGCUGCAGAAGGUGUACACCGGUCACAGUCACGGGCUCGGUUUGUUGGGAUUGAAGAAGUAUCUCGGUUGA